AUGAGUCCAUUUCUAUCAACGGCAACGAUGCCCCAGUGGCCUGUAUCGACCACAAGCAUAGGUGUUGUUGUAGCUCGCUUUCAAGAAGACCUCGCACCCUGGCUCCCGGUAGCCAGGUAUUCCUAUGUAUAUGACAAGGGUCAUAUCCCACAAUCCAACGACACAGUUAACCACGACGCUUUUCGCUCCUACGUUGAGCUACCCAACAUCGGCCGAGAGGGACAUACGCACUUGUACCACAUUGUCAACAAUUGGAAUUCUCUAGAAGACUACAUGGUCUUCUCUCAGGCAGACCCAUUUGAUCUGAUUGGGUCCAUUGUCAAUACUACGAGCAAAAUGGUGGAUGUGGCGCUUCGAGUCAAACCCGGCGAAGUCAAUCCUUUUGAUUCCAGUCUUUUCCACGAUGUAGAUGAUUGGGCCAAGAUUAACUGGACUGAUCCAAAAGAAAGCAUCUGGAUAACACCAAGCGAGCUAAGCUCCCUUGUCUUUGCGCCGUAUACACCAGCAGAAUUGUGGAAAUUUGUGUUAGAAGAGAAGCACCCGCCAGCUAUUCGAGCCGCACAUGGUGGUACUUUUGCAGUUCAACGAGAUACAAUUAAAAGUCAUCCACGAGAAGUAUAUGAACGUGCCUUGGAGCGAUUUGUCGAGGCCAAUGUUUCAAAUCCCGAAGUAGGCUUCAUGUGGGAACGUUUCUGGACACCAACGUUUUCUUACCGAUAUUGGCUCCAGGAGGUAGAGAAACCCUAA